AUGGAAAAAGGAAAAAAUAAAAUUGACAUAAACUCUUACACUAUUAAUGAAGAUAGUGAUGAUGUGGAAAAUACAAGAAAUCAAGUUGCUUCUACGCCACAUAAUAAUGAAAAUCAUUCAUCUUCCUUUUAUUCUUUUUCUAAAUUAAAGAGCAUAACGAAGUUAUCUGAUACUUAUAAGAUUCCCUAUAAGAUUGGCUAUACUAUUGUCGCCACAAGUUGGAAUUAUUUU